CUAAAUUUCCACAACCGUAACAAGAAUCACAGCAUCCAGAUCGCGGCGGAGAUCGAGAGGGGCGACGCUUCUGAACCUUUCAUCACUAAUCGCCACUGCAGAAUUUUCCCUUUUGUCGCAUCAAAUCAGCCAAAAUAAGAGAUUUUGAGAGCUGGGUUAAAUUUGAAAGUGCGGAGUAGGUGAAUACAUAGGGUCGCAUAGCGGAGUGGAUAUCGCGUUAGACUCCGAAACUAAAGGUCGUGGAUGUUUGAUGAUCAGGACUUGGGAUUUGUUGCCAAUUUCCUUGGCAUUUUUAUAUUUGCGUUGGUGAUCGCAUACCAUUAUGUGGUGGCUGACCCCAAAUAUGAAGGCAACUAAAAGACUUUCAACAUUGUCAAAUUUUGGUAGCUCGGCUGCAAUCAUGUAAUAGAAAUUUUAGUCUUGUUUUAGUGAUAUUCACUUUGAGUGAGCAAAUCAUUCAAAGUUAUAUUAUCGACAUCUAUUUGGCAGCAUAUAUAAGAUUAUUGACCGCUUCUGCAAGUGGUUUGCUGUGAAAUUUAAGGGUAAUGAUGUUCUUAGCACCUCUAGUAGUUUUGAUUUACUUUGGUGUAAUAGUUUUAAGUAGCACUAUAGCUGUACUCUGAGUAGAAUAAUUCACCGGUUACUCGCGAUUGACUUUAAUAUAAUAAAAGUUGAUUUAAUGUUAA